AUGGUUGCUCCCUCAGCCAACAGCAGCUCCUCCCUGUGGGGUAUGAAAAUCCAAGUGCCGCAUCGAAAAUACAGGUCCAGCCCACAACUAAGUUUCGGGCGAGGAGGAGCAGGACGAGGAAAGUUCGUCGUCGUCGCCCUUGCUCCGGCCCGAAACGAUGGUGCUGUGGCGAGGAGUAGUAGUGCUGCUGCUGCUAUCGCCAGCAGCAGCAGUACUACUACCACUGCUCUACAAACCGCCAUGUCACGGGCCAAAACCGCCACGUCGUCCUCGUCGUUUCUGCCACCUCCGGUGACGACGUGGACGACUGCUAAUAAGAGCAAUAUUAUUGACGGUCAUGUGGACGGCGACAAUUUGAAGCUGGACUUCCGCAGUGAUUUCGCGAGUGAGCCUGCGGGCGGCGGCGUGCUGGUGGAGAAUGGGCUGGUCUACAGGGAACGUGUCCUGGUGAAGUCGUUUGAGAUUGGUCCCGACUGGAAGCUCACCAUGGGCUCUUUGAUGAAGUAUUUUCAGGAUACGGCGCUAAGCCACACUGCGUGCAUGGGAAUAGUGGCUGAAGGUUUUGGAUGGACACCCUACAUGAGAAGCAACAACCUCUGCUGGGUCGUCACCGCUACACACGUAGUUGUCAACCGCUAUCCUUCUUGGGGCGAGGUGUUCCAGCUGGACAACUGGCUGUACGCGUCGGGGAAGAACGGGCUGGGCAAUGAUUGGCUCAUUCGCGACGGGAAGACGGGCCAAGUCUUAGUUCGAGCCACCAACUGUUGUGUGAUGAUGAACAAAAAUACCCGGAGACUGUCGAGGUUCGUGCAGGAAGUGAGAGAUGAGUUUGCGCCGCAUUUCUUAACGGUUAGCGAUUCCGUCGCGCCACGAGACAAGCGCAAGAUACAACGUGUCACUAUUGAAUCCGCAGAUAACGUCCGCACGGGCCUAAGUCCAGGAUGGAACGACUUGGAUAUCAAUUAUCACGUGAGUAACGUGAAAUACAUCGACUGGAUUAUCGAGGGAGCACCGCGUUGGAUCUUGGAGAGUCGGGAGCUUUGCGGGAUGACGUUGGAGUACAAGAAAGAGUGCAGAAUAGACGACGGCGGGAUCCAGUCGCUGUCCAAGAUGGUGGGGAAGUUGGAGGGUGACGGCGUGGAGUUGGAGCAUUCGCUUUGCAUGGAAGAUGGAUCGGAGAUAAUGAGAGCACGAACCAGCUGGCGCAUCAAAUCGAACGUCAGGGCUCCUGCGCCGGCUCGAUGCCGCACCGUGUAA